ACCGAUGCACCCUUCUCCGAACCACAUUCAUGUUGGGGAAUAGUCUUAGAGGGAACAAGAACUUAAAAAGCUACAGUUCUUUUGACGUCCAAGAUUCCUAAAUAUGCCGUAAUGGAAGAAGAUUGUGGUGCAUUUGCAGCAGACUGUGUUGUCCUGUCAUGUUGCUGUCAAUGCCUUGUCUUACAAGUCAGUGUCUUCGUCUUCUUCAAGAUCCCUCGUAAAGUUGCCAAGAAGAUGAAGAAGUUUGUGAAGAGAAGAUGUGGAAAAACCUUGCAACCAACAAUGGAAAAUGUCAAAGAGGAGCAUUGGUCUGGGAAUGGGUUUGCCUUUGAAGAUGGCUCAUCAAGACUAAAUUGCAUGGAAGAUAUUGAAGGAAUGUUGGAGGAACUGUCCAUGAACAAAGGGUUCUUGUUUGGAAGCUUCUGGCGUCAUGAAGAUUCUUCUGACAUUUUCGAUUUCAAAUCAUAACAAAGCAGAGGUUAUACUC